UAUGAAAGCAGGAAAAGUUAAUAAACAAAAAGUAAUCAGAGAAGAAGAAACAAACAACAGUCGUAACAACAUGGCGGCGGCUGGAGCAGGCGGGACUCUGUGUCCGUAACAGGCCGGUGUGUGAGCGUCUGUAAGCGGGGAGCGGCACGAGGCAUCCCGGCCUGCUGCGGGCUUCAUGGCUGCGGUGACGGCGCCGCGCGCACAGUCAUGAUGGAUCCAUGCGGGCUGUGGGAGCAGAGCGGCCGGAUCCCAGCUGUGGGAGGCGGCAGGUCCGCGGAGACCUGGAGGGGCCACAUCGUCCAACAGCUGAAGAACCGAGACCUGAGGCAGAGCGCCAUGUUCCAGGACCUGAUCCGGUUCUACACUCAGCUGCUGGAGAAAACCAGUCUGACCAAAGGGAUCCUGAACCUCUCCAGCAGACGUCCCUCUGCUGAGGACAGCCGCUCCGUUUCAUCUUUGCUUCAGCAGAAGAGCCGGCUAAAGAAGACAAGUGGAGAGCUGGCCUAUCAGGUGGUGGAGCUGCAGCAUCAGAUUAAGAUCAAAGAAUGUCGUCUGCAGGAGCAGCAAGACAGGCUGCAGGAGGAGGAACGUCGGUGGGCAGAUGUGUUUGAUGCUCAUCGGGCGCUGCAGGAACGGGUGGAUCAGGUUCAUGAGGCGAACAGGCUGCUGAAGAAAAAGUAUGAUGAGCUGCUGGCGCAGCAGAGGGAGGCGGAGUCAAGACUCAGGACGGAGAAGGUGCGGGAGGAGGGCCUGCUGGGGCACGUGAUGGGCUUGAAGAAGCAGGCCGCAGCCCGCAUGAACAGCAGAAACGAGCGUCGGUCGAGAGCUCGUGAAGCAACGCUGCAGAAGCAGCUGCAGACGGCGGUCAGGUCAAUGGUCAGCCUGGACAGUUCUUCCAGCGCCCCGACGUCCAGGUCCACGUCUCCGAAGAACGAAUGCCAGGACGAGGACUCCCAGCAAGGACACGCCCGUCUGUUCAGGUCGGCCUCGGUGACGUCUCCGAGGAUCUUCACCUCCAUCAGGCAUCUGUUCGACAGGAAGAGGCGUGGCCACUCGGUCUGUAGCUACCAGGAGGACCUGCCGUGUCCUGUAGGAAUCUGUGUGUCCGCCAGAGUUCCUGCCAGAGCCCUACAAGUCCUGGAGGCCCACGAGCAAGGCAUUAACGCGGUUCGGUUCAGCUGCAGCUCGGACCUGCUGGCCACCGGGGGAACGGACCGGGUCAUUAAGCUGUGGGAGGUCCAAGCAGGCUCGCUGACCCACAGAGCGACUCUGGACGGGAGCACCGAGGGGAUCACCUCCGUCCAGUUUGACCACACGGGUCAAAGGAUCCUCGCCGCCUCAUACGACAAGUCGGCCAUGUUGUGGCGGCUGGAUGACUCUGUUCCCAAGGUGACUCUGACGGGACACAGCAGGAAGGUGACGGCGGCCCGGUUCACCUGUGUCCUCCAUCAGGUGGUGACAGGAAGUGCGGACCGGACUGUCCGGCUCUGGGACCUGAACAGAGCCGCCUGUGUGCAGCAGGCGGAGAUGCCGUCGUUCUGCAGCGACGUCGUCUGCUCGGAGAACUCGGUCAUCAGCGGUCACUUGGACUGCAAGAUCAGGGUCUGGGACAGCAGAGUGGCGAGCUGCGUUCAGGAACUUCCUGCUCAGGGUAAAGUCACCUCAUUGGACCUGAGCUCCGACCACCGCCAGCUGCUCAGCUGUUGCCGUGACAACUGCCUCCAGCUGGUGGACCUGAGGUGGAGCAACAACCGCGUGUGCUUCAGAGCCGACGGCUUCAAGUGUGGCAGCGACAGCACCAAGGCUGUGAUCAGUCCUGACAGCUGUUACCUGGCGGCCGGAUCAGCUGAUGGGACCGUCUACAUCUGGAACGUCUCCACCGGAAACCUGGAGACCUGCCUCCCCGAGAGACACAACUCGUCCAUCAGCGCCGUGUCCUGGUCUCUGUCCGGAGAAUACGUCGUCAGCGUAGACAGGAGCCGGCGGGCCGUCCUCUGGAGUGACAUCUGAAAUGGCCAGUCAGAGAGGAGCCUGCAUCUCCACGGCAACCACAGAAUGCUGAAGGGAAAAUGUUUAGGAGCUGCAGGGAGACAAAGAGAAGAAAAAAACUUCACCUGGACACAGGUGCUUUAAAACCAGCAGAACCAGUUAAACCAGACCUACAUCUUUUAGGUCCUGAAACAAAGUCCUCAGAGUUCUGAUCAACGGGGUCUAGAAACAGUUUCUGAUCAACUUUGGGUUCAAAAACUCUCCAGAUUUUUACCUUCAACCUCUCAGAUUUGAUCAUUUUCAAGUUAAAAAUCUUCCCGGGAUCAUUCCGGUUUAGACCGGCUGGUUUCCUUCAGUCAGCUGUUUAACCUCCAGCUGAUCUCUGAGAUCGCCUUCCAGGUGUGGUUUAAAUCCAGGCUCGGGUCGGACUCUCCAACUCUGGAAUAAGCUGAAACCAACAAUCCCGUCAGUCCGGUUCGUGCCGUCUGUUGAUUUGUUUCACGGAUCCGUUCCUCAAGAUGUUGAUCAAACUUGUUUUAAAAUCUAAAAAUCGAUCAAAUGAUUAGAUACACGUGCACACGUCGCCUGAUUUUCAUGUGGAGUUCUAAAUUCCUCACAGAUGGUGCAUUUAGGUGCAGCUGUAAAGCUGGGACAUCUGGAUUUUACCUGGCAAUUCUUCUAGUUUUUUCAAAGUUAGAUGGAGACCAGACUUCAUGUUUGGUCUAAUAACAAAUAAUAUUAAUAUUAAAUAUUAAAAUCACAGAUCAGAGACAGAAAAAUGUCAUCUAUCCUUUCAUAACUGCAUUUCUAUUGGUUUCUAAUGACUUUACUAAAAUAAUGAUGUUUUUAUUCUCUUAGAAUGAAGCAUUUCUUUCUACUCAGUGUGGGUCCACCUUCAUGGCAGCUGCACCAUUUUUACUACGGUGUCUCUGAAUGGACAAACAAGCCUUAAAACUGAAGUAGCAGCUUUGAGAGGAGCGAGAGCUCCGUUUGGGAUCAGUUGCGCCUUAAGGCCGUUUUAUGCUGGACGCAAGAGACGGUUCUGUCCGUCUUCUGCGUCGGUUACGUGCGUAAGUUAGUCCGUUUUCAGGAAGCUUAGAUAUCCGUCGCUUGACGCAGAAGACGGAGCAAUACCACCGGAAACCACGGGGGCAGCGCUGAGCAGAACAGCUGACAUUCGACCAGGAAAAGAAAACAGAGAAGAAGAAGAGGAACAGGAACGACACAAAAAAGCAGAACGACGAAGACGACAACUGUAGAAAUUGCUGAGCUUUUGAAUAAAGACGAUAUAUAAGUGUUUAGGGCAUGUUGGGCGGUUGGAAACAUCGUCAUAGCGACGCAUUGCCGCCACUAAACAGCGUCUGAAACUGACGUCGGCUCAUGGGAGUGAACUCUGAACUCAGCACUGCCCCCUAGUGGAGGAGCUGACUUAACAACCAUGGCGACGUUUGAAAUGGAAGUGAGGGCGCAUGAAUGCGCCUUAAAAAGCACCAUAGAAGAAGACAGCACACGUGAAGUUACCUGUGGUCAGUCAUGGCUGCACGUGAGGCCACUGGAGCCACACACACAUUAAAAUAUCUUUGUCUGGAAGAAGUUAACAGCCACCGUACAUUUUCUACAUGCUAGAUGGCAGUAAUUCUACACGCUGGAUCUUUAAUAUUAAUUAUUAAAAAUGACAUUCAGGCAUCCAUUUACUUACUUUCCUCUUGAGUCAUUAAGGUAAAACAAUCCACAAUUCUUGCAACAAAAAAUGUAUUUUUUCUGGUGUUUUUGGGUUAAAUCCUUUAAGUCAACUUCAAUGCUAUUAAAAUCAAUGAAAUAUUAAAUAAUUAUUGAGAUUUUAACCCUUUAAAUGCCAGUUUGGUUACGUGGUGCUGAUAUUAUAAAAAAAAUUCAUUUUUUAGAAGCUGACAGCACCUGCAGGUGCUCCUGAUGAUUGUCUGCUGUCUUCUCCCACAGAGGCUGCAGCUGGUUUCUCUUCCUCUUGUUUUCUUCCUGUUUUCUUUCAUUUGUUUACCCGUUCAGGUUCAGCUUUAAUAAAUAAUUUAACAAUAAUCAAAUAAAAACAGCCGCAAAUAAACAUCAGUUCACGUUUCUUUUCCAUCAGCUGGAAACUUUUUACCCUGGAGGCUGGAGGUGAAAACCUGAACUCUAGACCCUGUAACGCGGUUCAGAAACCACGUUUUACUGGGUCAGAACGUCUGAAGUGGAUUUUCUGUCCAUCCAGAACCACCUCAGCUUUCUGAGCAGUUCUCAUCCAAACUGGGCUCUGGAGGACCGAUCUGGUCCCUGCUGAACCAUGUCCCAGUCCAGGUCCUCUAUGUGACCACUGAUGUAAACUGGAUCUGUGACAUCACACCGCGUGCACGUGAUGUCAUCAGGUUGUACCUGGCCACGCCCACCGAAUCCGGGUCAGACCAACUGCUUUUACAUGAAGUCACAUGAUCGACAAGCAGAACCAGGCGGAAGUUCUGAUGGUUCUGGGUCGGGCCAGUAAUGAAGUCAUUUAGAGCCAGAAUUGGUUCUGGUUUACCACGACAGAGCUAGACGGGUCCAAACCGUGGGACGGGUCCUAGCCGUGGGACGGGUCCUAGCCGUGGGACGGGUCCGAGCCGUGGGAGGGUUAGAGGAAGUCUGGGUUCUGGAUGGGAUGUUACUGAUCCAAAUUAUGAAAAAGCGGAAUAAAGGGAAUUUCUGUUGAGACCAGAACUGAAACUGGUGUGGUCAGGAUGCUCCGGUUCUGCUAGAAAUAUUGUUUCUGGUUCUGAGAAAAUACUUUUAGAUCCUGGAAAAUUCCAAGAAAUAAAAGUUUUGGGUUCCAGGUUUGUUUUGGUUUUUUUUCCAUGUCUGGGUCUGAAGAGAACCUCCUCCCGGACUGUACCGACCCGUAACUGGAACUGGAAUGGUUCUGGUUCAGAGACCACCUCUUUCUGGAUCAUCUCAGAAGGAACCAGAGAAUUAAAAUGGAAGAACCGAACAGGGUCUAGGGAGAACUUUUUUCUUCAGUCAGAACAAGACCAGAAACCGGUCUGGGUUCUGGUUCUGCAGAAGCACCUGCUGUGUGGAUGUGAAAUUAGCUCAUUUAGUAGAACUAAUGGGUUCUGUACCCUCCAGGUUCAGGUCAGAGAGUCUGGUUCUGGUUCUGUUGUAGGUUCUGACGGGUUAAAGGGAAAAUGUUUUCUUUAUUUAUUGGUGUGUUUUUAUUUGGACCUUUUCUCCAAUGAAGGGACCCGGGGCAAACAGCUGAUCCAGAUUCUGUUUUUAACCGUUUCCAUAGCAACACCAGGAAUUCUGUUGUGAUCCAAUAAACGGAAAA